AUGUCAAACAUGGAACAAACUCCAACUGAGAGAGUUAUAUCCGAGAUCGCUAGAAAAGGACAGCCGUACAAAGAGAUCGAAGCUGUCAUCAAUGAUAAUCGUGUCAUCAUCAGGAUGCACAAGGAGUCAGUCAAGGAAGAAUACGAUCCUCCAUGCGAAUGCAUCGACCAGGUAGGCGUAAAAAAAUCCACGUCGGGCUUAAAAAAAUGCGAUGACGGCGUCGUGUUUGACAUGGCCAACGGAAGUUUGGAGCUCUGUCGUACUUCUCGGGAAGAUGCGUCGUUGAUGAAGAAAAUCUGCGAUCGAGAAGAUACGGGAUGUCGUACGCUCACAUUGUAUCCGAAUAUAAAAGAAGACGAUGAUAUUGGAAAAAUUUCUGCGGUUUCUCAUCUGGAGAAAGUUAGAAAGAACUCGAAAGUGAAAAGACUAAUUGAUCUGGAAGAGAAUCCAAAUAUAUUCUUAUUGAGAGUCAGAAAGCACUGCGAUGGUGGCGAUAAAAAGCAGAAAAUCGAUCUUGAAUUCCGGGCACCGAGACCUUGGCUACCCAAGAACGAUAAGAAGAAGAAACUUCUCGCAGACUCUGAAAAGUUAGAGGAAUAUGAAGAUAAAGCUGAAGAAAGCAAUUUUGACGAGCAGUCUUAUAUUGAACAAGCAUAG